AUCACAUAACUGUUAGUUAGAUCAUAUCUCAUUGCAGUUGAGGUUAACGUACUUUCAGUAUAAACGUCUGGAAAGGAACACUUGUGCCGUUUGUGUAAACUGUCAUUGUCACAGAUCGUAGCUGUCUCGGGCUAGCUAACGUUAGCUGCAAAGUAACGCAGAAAAAAUUAAAUGCCACCAGUGUGCAUGAAAUGGCCGCGUCGUCUGCUUUAGAAUUCACGAAUGUCAGAAUAUGCCUACCCAACCUAUAGUCACACAGGAUGGCAUCGUUUGGCUGGAAGCGGAAAGCCGGUGAGAAGGUCUCCAAGGCAACAGUCCAGCUCUUCGAGGCCGAGGCAGAGCCGGAGGCAGAAGCGGAGGGGGCGAGGCAUGGGGCGGGGCACGAGGAGGGCGAUCACGAUGUGGACUGGGUCCACGCCAUCAAGCGGCGGCGGGGGGUGCUGCAGGAGGACUGCGCUGCAAAAAGCAAGAGACUGAAGGACGAAGGGGCCCUGCUGGCUGAAGAAGGCAGGCAGUGGGAAGCAGUCAAGAGAUGGGAUGAAGCCAUACAGUUAACUCCAGAAGAUGCUGCUCUGUAUGAGAUGAAGGCACAGGUCCUGACGAGUCUGCAGGAGGUGUUCCAGGCGGUUCAAGCCGCUGAAAGGGCUGUGAAGCUCCGCCCGCCGUGGUGGGAGGCAUGGCAGACCCUUGGGAGGGCUCAGCUUAGCCUGGGGGAGGUGGAUCUGGCUGUACGGAGCUUCCAGGUGGCCAUUCACUUGUGUCCCGCGGAGCGCCCCCUGUGGGAGGAGGACCUCAGCUGGGCUCAGAAGCUGCAGAGUCAGAGCAGAGCAGCGCACGAGAAGGCCAGAGAGGAGGAAGAGGUGAAGCAGCAGCUGCUCCAUGCUCCUGAGCUGGUUCCAGACUAUGACUUUGAGAGCAACGAGGUGGUGGCCGCCUGCACGGCCAUCGCGGAGAGACAGAAACACUACGACAGCCUCAGAAAGGACGCCGUGCUCAUAGACUCUAGUGGAGCCCUGGUACCCAUCAACCACCAGGACAGUGAAGCCCUGCCCCAGGGCCAGUUUGUCAAGGCGCGAUUGGCUGACAUCAGUGGGAUUUAACGGUCUUAGCCGUACAUGUUUUCGUUUGGUGAGGUUUUUCAGUGCUUCUUUUAGGGCUUCAUCCUGGCCUUUCUCGAGAGAAAAUGUUCAUAUUCUCAUAUCUGGACACAGAUGUUAGGCCAUUGCUUUUGUGUUCCUCUUGUGAAGUGUUCAUUGUGUGUUCUGCUGUUUGAAUAUGCAUGUUUUGUUGUCAAAGAAUACACAACUCUUCCACCAUCAGAAAAUAAUUUACAAUUAAAACUGUGACAUUAAAAUGUCUAUAUUUAUUAGACAGAAAUAUUUUCAGUGCUCCAAGCAUGAAACUCCGUGUCUGUGUCUGUGUCUUGUUUAAAUGGAACCUUGGUAAAUGGAAUGAAGUAAUCAAAACAUCUUGGGUGUGAAUGAUUCUGCAGUUUAAACAGCCCGUCUGUGCCAGAGAGUAAAUCCCUUACAUCCCCACCUCAAGGUUAAUGUUAAGGACAUUAUGAAUAUUUUUCAGAUAAACUGUCUACAUAAUUUCAAACCAAACCAAUUUAAAAUGUUGUUGAAUCCCAGAUGAUGAAUUUAUUACUGCACAGGAACCGUGAGAUGACCCACUUGCAUUCAUUAUCGACUAUAAAAAGCUAAACAUAAAACAUUGUACCUGGCAUUGAAAACAUGUUUAAGGGCUGAAUGUGAUUCCAGGUACUUUAAUUUAUGAGUAUAUUUUACAUUACAGUGGUGCUUUGUCCAUUUUCAUGUCUGGCAGUUUGAAUUUCCAUCCACUUAGCUGUAGAAUUACAAAAUGGGUGUAUGACAUGAAAGACUUGGGGCAAGAAGAUUUAUCAGGAUUUUGAACUCACACUCAAAUUGACGGAGAAUGCUUUCACCUUUGGAAUGAUUUCAGUGACUUAUUUAAAUUGUAAGUGUCGGUUGGGAUUGUGCCAUGUAGGAGAUGACGAAAGAACCUGCCCGCAGGGCAUUAACGGGGAAGUUCAUGGGAAACAAAAUGGAGAAUUCUGAUGCUUUCGCUCUCAAAUGAGACUGCACCAUGAGAUCUUACAAUCUGUCUAUGUAAGAUCAGAGUGGAAGGGCAUUGACUCAUUCCGGCUGGGACUGGAGCAUAGGAAAGCAAUCCUAGGCUUAACCAUCAUGGCCAUCAACAGCUUCUAAUUUAAUCUGUAUAUUGAGAAAAUUGAGAGCCAGGUGCCCUUGUUGCUCCAGUAAGUUUCUGCGUAGCUAGACAGUCGGGCUUCUCUCUAUGCAUAGGUCAUCAGCUUGUGUUGUUCAUUAUACCAAAAUAAUAUAAAAUAGUGCAAAAAGAACAGAUUGCUACUGAUUUUAAAUAGUUAUUUCUGUGCUAAUAUUGUAUCCUAGAAAGGGAUAUAACCCCAGGAGAGCACACUAUCAUCUGUGGUCCAGUGACUAUAACUAUUCCUGCAAAUGCUUUAUGGCCUGUGAGUUCCUAGGACAGAAACCAAUGGAAAUUGUUAUCAGACGAAGCAUUUUAUAUUACUGUCUGUUUUCACUUCAAAUUGAACCCCUAUUAAAAGCAUAGGAUGUUUAUAAUUAUAGUGCUUUCAGGUUUGAGUGAAAAAUGCACAGCUUGUCAUUACUGUACUGUGCUGUUCAUUGUAUUACAAUCUAACAUUGUAAUCAUUUAAUAAAUAUUGUUAAAAGUAGCAUAGCUA